AUGAUCUGGACCCGAGCUCGACCGGUGCGACCGCUGACACUCAACCACCUGCACAUCCAGGGCCCCAUCAAGUAUUCUGAUGCACAGGGCAUCCACGACAAGCUUGUGCGCAAGUUUCUGGACUGCAAGAAGGAAGGCAAGGAGACGCCGGACCCGGUGCUUCUGACCUUCCAGAUGCAGCCCGUGUACACUAUGGGUCGACGGCAGGGCAAAGAAGACGCCCUUCUGGAAACCCCCAACCACCGAGAGACGAAAUCCGAGCCGUCCGAUGAACCAAUUGAUGUUUCCAAGGCCGAUAUCGCACACACCCUGCGAGGCGGAGAAACCACCUUUCAUGGGCCGGGUCAGAUUGUCGCAUACCCCAUUCUGGAUUUACUGCAAUUCCGAAAGAUUAACGAUGACGGCUCUGACUCGGCCCUGAGCCCCAAGUGCUACAUCAGUCUGCUGGAGAGCAGUAUCAUCAGUGCUCUUGCCCAGUACCAAAUCUUCACCACCCGAACUGAAAACACUGGAGUUUGGACCAUGGAUGGAGAGUCCAAGAUUGCCGCUGUGGGUGUAAACAUCCGACGAAACAUCACUAGCCACGGAAUCUGUCUCAAUGUCAACAACAACCUGUCCUGGUUCGACCACAUUGUGCCAUGUGGUCUGGACGAAAAGAAGGUGACCAAUGUGCACGAACAGGGUCCUCCCGUCAAGUAUGAGGAGGUGGUCCACGAUUACGCCUACUCCCUGGCAAGCUACCUGGACGUUAAUUAUAAGAGAGUCGAGAAGGAGGCUCAGGCUUAG